UGAUAAGUCACCGAAUUUAAGAAUUAUUUCGCAAAUAUUUUUUUUCGUAAGUGUGAUGAAUAACAUUGUGUGUAACUCCGGGGUUAAGAAUAUUGCAAAUUCGGGUCUUUAAUUCCCUCGCUUCCUAAUAUUUCACUUACCCCCCUCGUUGCACAAUGUACUAUUGCUGACAGUACCUUCAUUGAAGUUCAUUGUUGUUAGGGCGGGAAAGUAGUGCUUUAAGAGAACAUUAUCCAUCGCCCACUAGUUUUACCAUUGCAAUCAGUCAACGCAGGGCACCUUGUGGCAAACUGUUGGAGAGUAGCCAGUAGCCACCUCACAUAUCCGAGUGCUCAUGGAGGAGCUCUGUCCGAAAUACUAUUAUUCCGUGAUGGGUGUAUGGGACAUACAAAUAGAUAUUUAGUAAUCGAUCCCUUAAAUAUUUGUGACCACGGCCAGCAAAACGUCCUACUUUGUCGCUUGCCAUAAUAAGGACGAGAUUUGCUUGUAUCUUAUACGAAUAACCUGUCAAGGCGUCCUGAUGGCAAGCGACAAAGUGGGACGUGUGUCCUAUUGUGAGGGAUCAAGCGAAAAUUGAUACUUACUGUAGUGGCUAGAGCGGAAGAGAGAAAUUUAUAAAAAAAAAACGACAUAUAUCAAUAUAAUCAUCGAAUCCGUUCACAAAAUUUAACGAGAAACGGUUGAGAUUCCUUUUGCAUGAAUACCACAUACCAAAACCAUAUUAAGCAUAUCAUAUAGACCAACAUAGUUUUAAACUUCGAAAAACUAUCAAGAAAUAUCAAUAAAAUGACCAACCAAUAAAAAUUCAAUUUGUUUCGAAUUGAAUCUUGCGUACAAAAUUGCGAUAUUAAAAUACAAAUUGAUUCUACAUCAAGUUUAUUGAGUGCAUGGACAAUUAUAUUACUUUUCUUCAAUUGUGCAAUUUAUUUUAACAUCAUGACGGUUUGGAUUAGCUCCUUGUUUUUUUUAACGCAAUACGCGAUAGGCGUACCUGAUUUGGAACCAGCGGAAACAACAAGUCGAAGAAGCACACCACAACCCAUAGAUACGCCAAAUUUAGCAACUGCACAGACCUAUCUAUACCGUCGUACUCUCUUCGAUACUCUGGAUUUUUGGAGUGGAGAGUCUCUGAAAUUGAAGAAAGACGAUAAUGACUGCAAAGAAAAUAUAAUAAACACCAGUAGCGAGAAGACUACAAAAGUGAAGACCGGCAGGAGACGUCUAGAUGUUUACGAUCCACGGUCGGUCGAAGAACACGAAAAAUCUACAAGGUUUGCGUUAUCGGACUUAGAGCAUACCAGCCACAUCCCAGAGUUGAGCAGCAACGAAACUGCAAACAGACAAAAACUCAACGGAUAUACGCUAUACGAAGACUUGACAGAAUUAAUGGAAAAAUUUAAUGCAAACACCUCUGUUUCCGUAAUAGCCAGAACCGCUGAAUUCCACAAUAUAGUGCUAUGCAAAAUGAGUUCCAAACAACAUAGCAGGUUCUUCAGAACUAUGGAUGAUAAAUAUGUGGACGAAAAACCAGAAAAAAAGAUAAUACUUAUCGUUCACGGCCUAUCCCCUAUGGGCUUCACUACCGUUCCAUGCUUAAAUAAUAGAAAUAGCUUUAUGAAGUUGGUGAAAAUAUACGCAAGUCAUUUGGACAAGUUUGAUAUAUUUUUAAUACCAAUGGGAAAUCCUGAUGGUAUUGCGGAUGAGACCCUUAAGUUAUGGAACAAGAACAAAUCACCUCAAGCAGCAUGCUCAGGCGUGAACGUGGACCGCAACUUUGACGUACAUUGGAACAAGAGCCACGGCAUCAACAGCUGUACACAGGCUUACCCGGGAGUAGCUCCCUUCUCGGAGUUCGAGAGCCGUGCCGUGGCGGAUCUUAUCCACCAUUAUAAUCACAAGAUUGUAGCAUACAUCCACGUUCAUGCUGGGACGUAUGGUCCUAAAUCAUUCAAGGGAGAUGCAGUACUUUAUCCCAAAGGAUACUCGAACCAAGCGGUCGAUGACAAGUACACCGACUUAGACGCAGGGAUCGAGGAAGCUAUGAGGAACGCCGGUUUCAAAGUGUAUGGUAUCACUCUGACCAGCUUAUACCGAUGGUACGGACAAGUCAGUGGAACAAGUGUAGACUACGCUACUACGAUAUAUGGCAUUCCAUAUGCCAUGGAGUUCGUCAUGCAGGCGUAUGAAGACUACCAAGCAACCAGGACCACUUCGGAAGAAAUGCAGGACAACGUCCUUACCGAAGUCUGGCAAAGAGUAAUUGAUGUAGUCUUCAGCUCCAUUCACAAAAGUACAACACCACACUCCUCCGCAGAAUCUUAGAAUAAGAAGAGAGUAAAAAGAUGUUCCAGUGGAGUUUAUUAUA